AAAGAAGUCUAGUCUCGGGCUGCUUGACGCCCUGACAACACAAGGGCGUGUGGGUGGCUGCGGGUAGCGCCAUGUAGUGGCAUAUCAUACCCCAACCCGUUGCGGACGGAUUCACGCUCUCACACAGGCUUCUCCAUCAGCGACUCAUCGACAUCCAAAGCAACAAUUGCCACUUUGCUUCAACAACAGCCCGUCCGUAUAAACGGCGAGAACGCUGCAAGUGGAUCACAGCUUUAGCGUGUUACGUCAUAUGCUGCGCGCCCUCGUCCCAAUCGCUGUUUCCAGCAUCUCUCGCUUCACCCAGUCGAGCCAAGCAUUCUUGACCGUGCAUCCAGUCAUGGCCGCGACACGACGCUCUUCGCGCCUCAAUGGCCGGGCAGAGGGAAAGCCUCCGGCAGAGGCAAUGCCGCCGCCGCCGCCAGCACCGCAAUCACAGCUGAAUAAACGCAAGAGAAAGGCGGCACCAGAUGCCGGCGAAGUGCCGCAGGCUCAACCCGCCACGCCGCCGAGGAAGCGCACGCAGCCGAUGCAGGAACCUCCCCCGUUGACACCGACCCCAAGCGCAGUCAAGGUGAUUGCUGAGGCGGCUGAUGGGUCGAACAAGGCGCGCAAUGCUACGGUCACGCGGCUCGCUGACCCCAGGACGACCAAUGCCACGCUGCUAUCACCGGAAACGUCGCGAUUGGUGGCAUCCCGCGACAUUGAGGCAAUCUCGCCGUCCAAAGCGCCCGCAGCUCGUACGACGACCCAGACGCUGCUGCAAGAGGCGUGCGAGCAUCUCAUAAUGGUCGACGCGCGGCUGAAGCCCCUGAUCGAGAAGAAUCACUGCAGGGUUUUCUCUCCAGAAGGACUCGCCGAGCGGAUCGAUCCCUUUGAGAGCCUGUCGAGCGGCAUCAUAUCCCAACAAGUGUCCGGGGCCGCCGCCAAGUCCAUCAAAGCCAAGUUCGUUGCCCUGUUUGACCGGGACGGCGCGACUGGCCGAUUUCCUCACCCGUCCGAGGUGGCCAAGUGUUCCAUCGAGAAACUACGCACGGCAGGGCUGUCGCAGCGCAAGGCCGAGUACAUCCAGGGGCUUGCGGAGAAGUUUGCGGCCGGAGAGCUCAGCGCGCAGAUGUUGCACGACGUACCGUACGACGAACUGGUCGAAAAGCUCAUCGCCGUCCGCGGGCUCGGGCGGUGGUCCGUCGAGAUGUUCGCGUGCUUCGGGCUCAAGCGCAUGGACGUCUUCUCGGUGGGGGAUCUUGGCGUGCAGAGGGGCAUGGCGGCCUUUGUUGGGAGGGACGUAGCCAAGCUCAAGGCCAAGGGCGGCAAGUGGAAGUACAUGUCGGAGCAAGACAUGCUCGACCUGUCCUCCAAGUUCGCGCCGUAUCGAAGUCUGUUCAUGUGGUUGAUGUGGCGGGUAGAGGAGACUGACGUCAGUACAAUGGAAUAAGGGGGUCUCGAACUUGAACUGUACGGCCUGCCCGGCCUUCCAUUGUUUAUUCUACCCCGCCAUCCUACCAACCUGCGUUUUGUGUGCAACAAGAGGAAGCGAGGGUUGUGAAUUAGUAGUAGUACGGAAUCACGCGUGAGCGCGGGCUAGGCAGGGAGUGAUGGUCAUCCAUAAACGUUAAAAUGGGAUCGACCAGCCGGCAGCUCCUUGAAACCAGGCGAUACUAUGCGCUGUGAUUGCAGUGAUUUCGCUACUCUGAUACCUGUUUCGCUCAUCGGAGCGCGUCUGGCCAGAUUUCAGGCCGUGGGCAACGGCCGCUCAGGAGCGUGGCCCGUUGAUCGUGCUGAUCUUGUCAGGACGCUGGCAAGAGUGGAACCGAGGGCACGUGCAGACUCCAUUUGCCCACGUCCCGCAGGCGGCUUGUCCGUGCUGGCACUGCGAGGGGGCGCUCAGGGGCCUUGCCUGCGUCGGGCCGCAGCUUCUCGCCUUGAUUCUUAUGGAGUGUUCGAAACUUUCGGUGUCCAUACGACGUGG